AUGAACCUUAUCAACUGGUUGUUUAGGAAACGUCAUCGUCGUGAAAAGACAAAGACACAGUCUUCGACAAAACGCUCAUCAUGCAUUGAUCCUACACCUUCUGCAUUAUCAUCUUCAAGCUAUAAUGACGACCACGACUUGCUUUUUCAAUGUAUCCAAGCAGCUCUUUUUCCCUCCCCAGCUGGGCCCACUGCUACUACGCGUAACAACAACCAAUAUCGUAACAGCGCCUCUACUACGGUUGCCAUGUUACCCCCACCACGAUCACAGCAACAACAACAACAACGUAAACGAUGGUCAACGGGCAUGAUGUUGGAUAAUGCAUGUGCUCUGCCACCACCAUCAUCAUCGGGUACCCAUUAUCUAAGUACGAUUCCAGAAGCUGCUGAUAGCCCUUCGCCACCACCACCACCUUUUCUUCAUCACUCUUCCAUCACCCUGACGAGCAUCUCCUCCUCAUCCUAUGUUCGCCCCUGA